AUGAAACAUUGUGAUCUGGAUCAAUAUUUCCUCUCUUUCAGGCUGCCUCUUUGUGCGUCUCUCUGUCGGUCUGCCUCUUUGUGCGUCUCUCUCUGUCUGUCGGUCUGCCUCUUUGUGCGUCUCUCUCUGUCUGUCUGUCUGUCUCUUUGUGCGUCUCUCUCUGUCUGUCUGUCUGUCUCUUUGUGCGUCUCUCUCUGUCUGUCUGUCUGUCUCUUUGUGCGUCUCUCUCUGUCUGUCUGUCUGUCUCUUUGUGCGUCUCUCUCUGUCUGUCUGUCUGUCUCUUUUUGUGUCUCUCUCUCUGUCUGUCUGUCUGUCUCUUUGUGCUUUCUCUCUCUGUCUGUCUGUCUGUCUCUUUGUUUUCUCUCUCUCUGUCUGUCUGUCUGUCUGUCUGUCUGUCUCUUUCCUCUGUCUCUCUGUCUGUCUGUCUCUUUGUCUCGUCUCUCUCUGUCUUUUGUGCGUCUCUCUCUUUCUGCUACUCUCUGUCUACUUGUGCGUCUCUCUCUUUGUCUGUCGUCUCUCUCUCUUGCUGUUCUGUCUCAAUCUCUCUCUCUGUGCAAAUCUCUCUUUGUGCGUCUCUCUCUUUGUGCGUCUCUCUCUUUGUGCGUCUCUCUCUUUGUGCGUCUCUCUCUUUGUGAACUCUCUUCUGUCUGUCUCUCUUUGUGCGUCUCUCUCUUUAUUUCUCUCUUUGUGCGUCUCUCUCUUUCUGUCUCUCUCUUUGUUUAUGGUCUCUCUGUCUGUCUGUCUCUUUCUUUGUGCGUCUCUCUGUCUGUCUGUCUCUUUGUGCGUCUCUCUCUGUCUGUCUGUCUCUUUGUGCGUCUCUCUCUGUCUGUCUGUCUCUUUUUGUAUAUCUCUCUCUGUCUGUCUGUCUCUUUUGUUUUCUCUCUCUGUCUGUCUGUCUCUUUGUGCGUCUCUCUCUGUCUGUCUGUCUCUUUGUGCGUCUCUCUCUGUCUGUCUGUCUCUUUGUGCGUCUCUCUCUGUCUGUCUGUCUCUUUGUGCGUCUCUCUCUGUCUGUCUGUCUCUUUGUGCGUCUCUCUCUGUCUGUCUGUCUCUUUGUGCGUCUCUCUCUGUCUGUCUGUCUCUUUUCUGCGUCUCUCUGUCUGUCUGUCUCUUUUCUUGCUUCUCUCUCUGUCUGUCUGUCUCUUUGUGCGUCUCUCUCUGUCUGUCUGUCUCUCUGUCUGUCUCUCUCUUCUGUCUGUUGUCUUUGUUUUCUCUCUCUCUGUCUGUCUGUCUCUUUUGUGCGUUUCUCUGUGUGUCUGUCUCUCUGUGUCUCUCUCUCUCUCUCUUCUGUCUCUUUUCUCUCCGCCUCUUAUUUUCUCUCUCUCUGUGUCUCUCUCUCUCUUCUCUCUCUCUAAAUUUGUCUCUCUGUGUCUCUCUCUGUGUCUCUGUGUGUCUUAUCUCUCUUUCUCUCUCUCUCUGUUCUGUGUCUCUUUUUUUUCUCUCUCUAUCUCUCUAUUUGCUUUCUCUCUCUCUGUCUUUCAAGUGGCUCUCUCUCUCUCUCUCUCUCUCUCCUUUCUAUCUGUCUGUGUGCGUCUCUGUCUCUCUAUCUCUCUCUAA